GGGACAGGCGGGAGGUGACUGAGAGAAGCGGGGAUGGGGGCUCCCGAGCGGGGCCGUCGUGGCAGCCUGGACUGCUGAGUGCGUACCCGGAGCAGGAACCCGCGGCGGUGGCGGUGGCGGCAGCGCCGGAGCGCCGGGCAGUGUGUCUUCUAAUCUGAAAAAGUCUUCCAUGAAGACCUCACUUUUAAAAAAUUAGUAAGAUCAUUUGCUUCUAAAAGACUGAAAUGGGAGCUAUCAUUUUGAGGGCCAUGUGGUUAUGAAGGUGCUUCAGCUUCAUAAUGCCUCCUGCUAUGGCAGACAUCCUUGACAUCUGGGCAGUGGAUUCACAGAUAGCUUCUGAUGGCUCCAUAUCUGUGGAUUUCCUUUUGCCCACUGGGAUUUAUAUCCAGUUGGAGGUACCUCGGGAAGCUACCAUUUCUUAUAUUAAGCAGAUGUUAUGGAAGCAAGUUCACAAUUACCCAAUGUUUAACCUGCUUAUGGACAUUGACUCCUACAUGUUUGCGUGUGUGAAUCAAACUGCUGUAUAUGAGGAACUUGAAGAUGAAACACGAAGACUUUGUGAUGUCAGACCUUUUCUUCCAGUCCUCAAGUUAGUGACAAGAAGUUGUGAUCCAGGGGAAAAAUUGGAUUCAAAAAUUGGAGUCCUUAUAGGAAAAGGUCUACAUGAAUUUGAUGCCUUAGAGGAUCCUGAAGUAAAUGAAUUUCGAAGAAAAAUGCGCAAAUUCAGUGAGGAUAAGAUCCAGUCACUUGUGGGGUUAUCAUGGAUUGACUGGCUGAAGCAGACAUACCCACCAGAGCAUGAUCCAUCCAUCCUUGAAAACUUUGAAGACAAACUUUAUGGAGGAAAGCUCAUUGUAGCUGUUCAUUUUGAAAAUAGUCAGGAGGUGUUUAGCUUUCAUGUGUCUCCUAAUAUGAACCCCAUCAAGGUAAAUGAGUUGGCAAUCCAAAAACGUCUGACUAUUCAUGGGAAAGAUGAUGAAGCCAGCCCUGGUAACUAUGUGUUGCAAGUCAUUGGGAGAAUAGAAUAUGUAUUUGGUGAUUACCCACUAAUUCAGUUCCAGUACAUCCGGAACUGUGUUGUAAACAGGACCCUGCCCCAUUUUGUGCUUGUGGAAUGCUGCAAGAUCAAGCAGAUGUAUGAGCAGGAAAUGAUUGCCAUAGAAGCUGCCAUAAAUCGGAAUUCAUCUAACUUUCCUCUUCCUUUACCACCAAAGAAAACACGAAUUAUUUCUCAUGUUUGGGACAAUAACAAGCCUUUCCAGAUUGUUUUGGUUAAAGGAAAUAAACUUAACACAGAAGAAGCUGUAAAAGUUCAUGUCAGGGCUGGUCUUUUUCAUGGUACUGAGCUUCUGUGUAAAACCAUCAUAAGCUCAGAGAUAUCAGGGAAGAAUGAUCACAUUUGGAAUGAAACACUGGAAUUUGAUAUUAAUACUUGUGACUUGCCAAGAAUGGCUCGGUUAUGUUUUGCUGUUUAUGCAGUUCUGGAUAAAGUAAAAACAAAGAAAUCAACCAAAACUAUUAAUCCCUCUAAAUAUCAGACCAUCAGGAAAGCUGGAAAAGUGCAUUAUCCUGUAGCAUGGGUAAAUACCAUGGUUUUUGACUUUAAAGGACAGUUGAGGUCUGGAGACAUAAUAUUGCACAGCUGGUCUUCAUUUCCUGAUGAACUUGAAGAAAUGUUGAAUCCAAUGGGAACUGUUCAAACAAAUCCAUAUAUUGAAAAUGCAACAGCUUUGCAUAUUAAAUUUCCAGAGAAUAAAAAGCAACCUUGUUAUUACCCUCCCUUUGAUAAGAUUAUUGAAAAGGCAGCUGAAAUUGCAAGCAGUGACAGUGCUAAUGUAUCAAGUCGAGGUGGAAAAAAGUUUCUUCCUGUACUGAAAGAAAUCUUGGACAGGGAUCCUUUGUCUCAGCUGUGUGAAAAUGAAAUGGAUCUUAUUUGGACUUUGCGACAAGACUGCAGAGAGAAUUUCCCACAGUCACUGCCAAAAUUACUUCUGUCAAUCAAGUGGAAUAAACUUGAAGAUGUUGCUCAGCUUCAAGCACUGCUUCAGAUUUGGCCUAAACUGUCCCCGAGGGAAGCCCUGGAGCUUCUUGACUUCAACUAUCCAGACCAGUACGUGCGGGAAUACGCUGUAGGCUGCCUACGUCAGAUGAGUGAUGAAGAACUCUCACAAUAUCUUUUACAACUGGUCCAAGUUUUAAAAUACGAACCUUUUCUUGAUUGUGCACUUUCUAGAUUUCUGUUAGAAAGAGCGCUCGCUAAUCGGAGGAUAGGGCAGUUUCUGUUUUGGCAUCUCAGGUCAGAAAUGCAUGUUCCCGCAGUCUCGGUGCAAUUUGGCGUCAUCCUCGAAGCCUACUGUCGAGGAAGUGUAGGCCACAUGAAGGUGCUUUCCAAGCAGGUUGAAGCACUUAACAAAUUAAAAACUUUAAAUAGUUUAAUAAAACUGAAUGCAGUGAAGCUAAACAGAGCUAAAGGGAAGGAGGCCAUGCAUACGUGUUUAAAACAGAAUGCUUAUCGGGAAGCCCUCUCUGAUUUGCAGUCACCUCUGAAUCCAUGUAUCAUCCUUUCAGAGCUCUAUAUUGAAAAGUGCAAAUACAUGGAUUCCAAAAUGAAACCUUUGUGGCUUGUAUAUACCAAUAAGGUAUUUGGUGAGGAUUCAGUUGGAGUGAUUUUUAAAAAUGGUGAUGAUUUACGACAAGAUAUGUUGACUCUCCAGAUACUGCGCUUGAUGGAUUUACUCUGGAAAGAAGCUGGUCUGGACCUACGGAUGCUGCCUUACGGCUGCUUAGCAACAGGAGAUCGCUCUGGCCUCAUAGAAGUUGUGAGCACCUCUGAAACAAUUGCUGACAUUCAGCUGAACAGUAGCAACGUGGCUGCUGCAGCGGCCUUCAACAAAGAUGCCCUUCUGAACUGGCUUAAAGAGUGCAAUUCUGGGGAUGACCUGGACCGAGCCAUUGAAGAGUUUACCCUAUCCUGUGCUGGCUACUGUGUAGCUUCUUAUGUCCUUGGGAUUGGUGACAGACACAGUGACAACAUAAUGGUCAAAAAAACUGGCCAGCUCUUCCAUAUUGACUUUGGACAUAUUCUUGGAAAUUUCAAAUCUAAAUUUGGCAUUAAAAGAGAACGAGUGCCUUUUAUUCUUACUUAUGAUUUCAUUCAUGUCAUUCAACAAGGAAAAACGGGAAACACAGAGAAAUUUGGUCGUUUCCGCCAGUGUUGUGAAGAGGCAUACCUGAUUUUACGGCGGCACGGGAAUCUCUUCAUUACUCUCUUUGCACUGAUGCUGACUGCAGGGCUUCCUGAACUCACAUCAGUCAAGGAUAUACAGUAUCUUAAGGACUCUCUUGCUUUAGGAAAGACUGAUGAAGAAGCACUCAAACAAUUUAAGCAAAAAUUUGAUGAGGCCCUCAGGGAAAGUUGGACUACUAAAGUGAACUGGAUGGCCCACACGGUCCGGAGAGACUACAGAUCCUAACAUCGGCCUUCGCUCCUAAUGUAUCUUUUAGUUUCGUUUCAUUUUCAUUUUGCAUUUGCACUAAACUGAAUGUGACCCUGCCAGAGAUGUUAUAAAGGGAAUGAAAUCCUGGAAUCAGUUAAAUUAAAAACAAGGCAUCCCACAGAACCUAACAUGAGCAAUCCCUGAUGAGCACUCCUCUUUUGAAUGCUUCCAAGACCCACCAGGACUCCUGUCAACGUUAUGGAUAAUCAUUUCCUGCUGACUUUGCACUCCAAGGAAUGCUACUAGGGAUUGUCUGAUAGCUUACUCUUUUAUAAAUGUUUGGUACUUUGCCUGAAAGUUGUAAAUACUUCUUUUCAGUGUUGUGACUAAGUGUUACCACUCAGCCAAGAACUUAACUACAAUUGGGGGCUGGGGGCAAUCUUACUCCCAAAACGAAGCUUCCAAGAGAGGUAUCUUCCUUACCUUUUUAAAUUGUGUAAACUACAAAUUAUGAUUAUUAUUUCAACUUAUGAUUAUUUUUCAAAAGAAAUCUUUUAAACCUGUGGAAACUCAUUAAUUCUUUUGUUAAUAUUUAUUUACCAUGAUAGCAUCAUUCCAUCCAGACUUGCUGAAAAUCUACUGGUGAGGCAAAUAUAUAUAUUUAUAAAAUUUCUAGUGGAAGUUCUAUAUUAAAAAGAUAUUUCUUUGGUAUUCUCUAUCCUGUGUUUUAAAGUUUUAUGAAAAGCAGAGCUUUUUCCUAAGUUACUUUUAAGUUCAUUAACUGUGAGAUCCAGCUCUUCCAUCUGCCUCUGUAAUGAGGCACAUAUUAAUACAGUUUUUAUAUGAUAUCUAUGAAUGAGUUCACUUCAUAGAGCAUAAUACUUGAGCAAAUGUAUCCCAGAAAGCAAACAGAUAAAAAGAAAACUAUUUAUGGAAUAAACUCCGAUUUAAAAUUCAGUAUUUUAGUAAAAUGCCAGCUGUUCUUACUGUAUUUAUUAAAACUUAUAAUAAUGUGAGUUUUCAAGGAUAUUAGUUCAAACUGAAAUGGUUUCAUGCCACAUGGAAAUCUUUAAUUUAUUUGUUGAGGUACCAUAUAUUUAGGGUGCUAGGUGGCAAAUGUUAAUAUGUGCAAUAGGAACUACUGGUUUGAAUGUGUAAAUGGAUGCUCUGAGUACUAGCAACGUCCAGCAAAACUACUGCUUAUUCUCCAAAGAAUAUUGGGAGCUCUCAAUCCUCAAUGACAUGGGAAAGACUACCAAGUACUUGCCCACUUACUGAGUUUUCUGUAAGAAUUUUAUUGAUGAUUGUUUAAUUUUGUUGUCCUUCUUAAUGUUCUCAGUCAAAUAAAUGGGUGAACUGGUUUUGGCUA